AUUAGUCAUUGUUGUCCACAAGGGACGCACAAUAAAAAAAAUCAUGAUUAAUAAGUCAACUCAUGAUUGAAACAGAGAUACGAGGACCCUAAAAUUGCACCAAUAAAAGGGUAAUUCUAGGAUACAAAUAUUACAAUUUUGUGAAGUCUCGCCUCCUUCUGUUGUCUCCACUGUAUCUCAAAAUUUGUUCUUCCCCUUUCUUCUAUUUCUUACAUCAAAAUUUGCUGCACUUCACCCUUAUGCUCUCUUUAUGUAUUCACCAUUCUAAUCAUCAGAAUUUAGUAAAGAAUGAUUCUUUCUUUUCAAUUCACUCAAAUUAACUUGAAUUUCUGUACCUUUUCCAAUUGAUUUAAUCGUUCAAUUCAUGGGUUCUUCUUGUUGUUAAUUAAUCUAGUGUUGUCUAAAGGUCCACCGAGCGGCAACUUGCCUUCGGUGUAGUUGUGGUGGACUUUCUCUACAAAGGAAAAAACGCAUAAUGGGUGGCACAUUUAACCCUCAGAUUUUAGUGGAGAAAUUAACAAAGCUCACCAAUUCUCAACAGAGCAUUGAGACUCUGUCACAUUGGUGUAUAUUUCACAUGAAUAAAGCAAAACUGGUCGUUGAGACUUGGGAGCACCAAUUUCAUAACUCUCCUCGUGAGCAACGGUUGGCUUUUUUGUAUCUUGCGAAUGACAUCUUGCAGAAUAGUCGGAGGAAGGGUACUGAAUUUGUUACUGAAUUUUGGAGAGUCCUUCCAGAAGCACUGCGUGAUGUUAUACGCAAUGGGGAUGAUUCCGGGAAAAAUUCAGCUCGUAGAUUGAUUAGUAUAUGGGACGAAAGAAAGGUUUUCGGUUCAAGGGGGAACAUCCUGAAGGAAGAGUUUAUGGGCAGGCAACCAGAAAAUAAUUUAAACCGAAAUGGGUGGCAACUCACUCCGAAACUUUAUUCUUCAAUUGGCCAUGCACAGAGAAAUGCCGCUGGGAAUAUGUUGGACAAAAUAGUUGCAGACUAUGAAUUAAUUUAUGGAGGUCAAGUUGAUGAAGAUAGAUUGUUGAGUAGAUGUACAAAUACAAAUAACUGUUUAGAGAAACUAAUCAAGAAUAUUGGUGGCAAUGUGAAUUCAGGUAAUUUUGGUGGUUCUGCAUUUGCUGAAGAAUUACGAGGACAGCAUUCUGCGUUGAGGGAGUGCAUAGGGCAGCUGACAACUCUUGAAUCUUCAAGGGCGAAUCUUGUAUCACAUUUGAGAGAUGCUCUCCAAGAGCAGGAAUCAAAAUUAGAUCAAGUGCGUAGUCAACUCCAUGCUGCUCAACAGCGAUCAGAUCAAGUUGCUAAUGUCUACAGACAAUUUGGUAGCUCCGACAAUGGCAUGCUACUAGAUGAGCUGAGUAUGAAAGAUGCUGAUGAUCCCAUGGCCCCACCUGGUUUUGCUCCUGGCGAAAGGCAAGGAAACCCUGUUGUGUACACAAGACAAGCCUCAGUACCGGAUGAGUUUGCUUCUGCUGAAGACGAUUCCCGAAAAUCUACGGCUGCUGCAGUGGCAGCUAAGCUUACUUCUUCAACUUCUUCGGCAGAGGUAUUCGGCCAUGUCAUCACUUCCUUGGUAUCGGAUGUUACCUAUGGUAAUAACAACGCAAACGAAUUCCUAAAUGAUCCCCAACAUUCUGAUAAAAGACCCAAGCUAGAACAUGAAGCGUCUUUGUAUGCCCCACCUCUGCCGCUACCACCACCACCACCACCUCCUCCACCUCAGAAUCAGCAACUGCAACCUCCAUUACCCCCAUAUCCGCAUCCUGAUUCCUUCAAAUCAGCUACGGGCGAGCACCCGCCCCCGCCCCCGCCCCCGCCAUCUUCUUCCCCUCCACCACUACCCCCUUUGCCACCGCCAUAUCCAAUGGCUUCUCAUUUCAUGAAUUUCAGCUAUUCGAUACCCCAACCGCCACCUCCCCAGCCUCUAUCCGGAUACCCUCCUAGUAUGUCUCCUUACGCCGCUCAUCCUGUUAAUCCUUACCAACCGUACCCUGGACCCGAAGGCGGAUUAUAUCGUCCAUCAUCGUCUAUGCCCAUGGCUCCAAUUUCUCGUCAACAAACUUUGUAGUUCCCUUGAGGCGAUUGGAUUUAGGAGGAAGGAAGAGUUGAAUAGGCUUGUUUCUUUGUAGAAACCUUUGCUGCAAUUUGUACUUUUGGAGGUUAUAGAGUGCACAGUUAGAAAUUUGAACAUAGCAGCAGCACAGUAAACUGUCUGUAAUAUUUAGCAUUUAGACCAUAAGAAUGAUAGAUUUAGAUAGUUCUAAAUAUGUUGUGAUUGUAUCUGAUGUGCUGAUUGAUUAUUUUUCCUGAUGUUGAUCAUAAUUUUAAUAGUGAAGGAAAUUUAAGGGAAACUUUUCUGUUUGUUAGAUUUUUUGAAGAUAAUUAUAUUACUAUUCUCCAUUUACCGAUCACUCUUAGU